AUGUGGGCCAUCCUGUGGGACUGGCUCUCGGUCGUCUCGCACAAGUUCAAGUUCGUGCCGCGCUCGCUGCAGCUGGCGUGCGACUUCAUGCGCCGCUACCUGGGCGUCGUCGACGUCGCGCGCGAGCGGCUGCAGCUCGUCGGCAUCGGCGCGCUCUGCCUCGCGUGCAAGCACGAGGAGGUG